UUUAUCCUGUAGUCCAAAAAAGAUAGUAAAAAUCAAGAUCAUGGCAGGAACAGCAGUUUUGUCCGCCUUCUUGCCGGUUCUUUUCGAGAAACUGUCGACUGCUGCCCUCGACGAGCUCAGACUGCUUCGAGGCGUCGACGAUGAUUUGCGGAACCUCUUGGCCACUCUGUCCAUGAUACAAGCUCUUGUUGAAGAUGCAGAGGAGAAGCAGUUCAAGGAUAGAGCAAUCAGAAGUUGGCUGUCGAAGCUGAAGGAAGUUGCGUACGAGAUUGACGAGCUACUUGAUGAGUACACGGCCGAAGCACUGCGGUUGAAGUUGAAAGGACAAAGGCAUGUAAGUGGCUUCUUCUACUGUCUUUUCUUGCGAAACGGUCUAUUUAACCACAAAAUAGCGAAGCAAAUAAAAGCAAUUCAGGAUAAGUUAGAUAAGCACGCGAAGGAUCGAGAUGUUCUCGGUCUGCAGAUGUUCGGUUCUACGAACCGAGUAGAAACCACAGAGCGAACAAAGAGUAGUUCAUUAGUAGAUGACUCGAGAGUUUUCGGCAGGGAAGAAGAUAAAGAGAAAAUCAUAAGCAUCUUGCUAUCACACAACAAGUCCACUCAAAUUGGGCUGUCUGUUCUUCCUAUUGUCGGCAUGGCUGGCCUAGGGAAGACUACUAUAACACAACUUGUCUACAAUGAUGUUAGGAUAAGAGAGAACUUUCAACUAAGAAUGUGGGUGCAUGUCUCAGAGAAUUUCGAUGAGAUAAAACUGACCAAAGAGACCCUCGAAUCGGCUUCUGCGAGCGGGUUUUCUUGUGCGACCACGAACAUGAACUUACUUCAGGAAGAUCUCUAUAACAAAGUAAAAGGGAAAAGGUUUCUUCUUGUCCUGGAUGAUGUGUGGAAUAUGGACUUCACCAAAUGGCAUACAUACUGCAACGCGUUGGUCAUCGGUGGAAGGGGAAGCAAAAUUGUAGUAACAACACAGAAUGAGAACGUCGGGAGGAUGAUGGGCGCACUGCCUCCGUACCAUUUAAAGGAGUUAUCAGAUGAAGAUUGCUGGAAACUGUUCAAGAAUUAUGCAUUUGUAGAUGGCAACUCUACUGCAUAUCCGAACUUGGAAGAGAUAGGAAAGGAGAUUGUGAAGAAGUUGAAAGGAUUACCACUUGCAGCAAAAGCACUUGGGUGCCUGCUCUACUCAAAAGUGGACGAAGAAUACUGGACGAACAUCUUAAAGAGCGAAAUCUGGGAGCUGCCGCCAGAUAAGAAUAACAUCUUACCUGCUCUAAGGCUAAGCUAUAAGCACUUACCCCCACAUUUGAAGCAAUGUUUUGCAUUCUGUUCUGUCUUCCCUAAAGAUUACGUGUUUGAAAGAGAAAAGUUGGUGCAAGUAUGGAUGGCGCUCGGCUUUCUGCAAACUCGAGGAAAGGAACGAAUGGAGGAAGUGGGGAACAACUACUUCGAUGAUUUGCUGAGCAGGUCCUUCUUCCAAUUUCACAAAGGAAAAUACACGAUGCAAUAUGCAAUCCAUGGUCUAGCACAAUCCGUCGCCCUCGAUGACUGCCUAAGGUUAGAGGAUCUUGCAAGAGGCAGCAAUACUGCAAGGGUUAAGCAUCUCUCAUUCUCUUGUGAUAAUUCCAAGCAGACUUCAUUCCAGGAUUUUUACGAGUUUCGGGGAGUACGGACACUUCUAUUACUACGUGGAUCCAAAUCUAAGACUGCUUCUCCCCCUAAUGAUUUAUUCAACAAAUUGAGAUACCUACGCGUGUUAGAGCUACACCGUCGAGAUAUCAGCGAGCUGCCGGAUUCUAUAGGAAAUUUGAAGCAACUUCGGUAUUUGAACCUCUCUGGUACUGGGAUCAGAAAAUUGCCUUCAUCAAUUAGCAAGCUAUACAACUUGCAAGCAUUAAAACUGAGACAUUGCGGCGAACUAGAUGAAAUACCAAAAGGUGUGACCAAGCUUGUAAACCUUCGACACCUUGAGGCGAGUACCAGGUUGAUCACAGCCAUUGCCAAAAUAGGGAGACUAACAAAUCUUCAAGAGUUAGAGGAAUACGUCGUUCGCAGAGACAACGGGUUCAAGAUAAGCGAGCUGAAAAAAAUGUCGGAGCUCAGAGGACGUCUGUGCAUUACGAAUCUUGAGGAGGUAAAUGGCAAGGAUGAGAGCAGUGAAGCUAUGUUGGGUGGGAAGGAGUACCUUACUACUCUAGACCUUGCAUGGUCAGAAAAUCGGAGUGUGACUUUGAAAGAAGAACAUUUGGAUGAGCAAGUGCUCGAAAGCCUUCAACCGCACACCAGACUAAAGGAGCUAACAAUCAAGGGCUUCGCGGGUUGUAAGUUUCCAAGCUGGUUGGAUAAUCCAUGUGGUCUACAUACUAUUCAUCUGUUGGAUUGCAAAAGAUGCGAAACCCUCCCGCCCCUGGGGCAGCUACCUUCACUCAAGUGCUUAGACAUAGGAGGGCUGGAUGCUGUGGCUGAAAUUGGCCAAGAGUUUUCGGGUAAUGGAGCUAUUGAGGGCUUUCCAUCAUUGAAGGAACUAGUACUCGACGACAUGUUGAAUCUCAAAGAAUGGAUCUACCAAGGAAAGGACGAGUUUUUUCCUUGCCUCACCGACCUCGAAGUCCGAAACUGCCCGGUUCUAAGAGAGUUGCCACGGCUUCCUCCGACACUGGAAAGAAUCUGGAUAUCUGAAACAGGAAUACACGCACUUCCAACUAUUCAUGCUUCGAGUUCAUCAUCACUAUCAUCGUUACAAAUACACGAGUGCGCACAACUCAAAUCCUUAGAGCAAGGACUGUUAACCCAGCAAUUGAGUGCUCUCAAGAAUGUGACCAUCACAGAUUGUGAAGAGCUUGUUUCUCUGCCAGAAGAAGGCUUCAGAUCCCUGACCUUGCUCGCAAGCCUUCAUAUCUACAAUUGCCCAAACCUCGCUCCUCUUGCAAAACACAAGGGAGGUACACUGCCCGGUAGUCUCGAAGACCUCCAAAUCAGAUCAUGCUCCAAACUUAUCAACUCCCUACUUCCAGAGCUGAAGAACCUUCCCUUCCUUGCGCAUCUAAAAAUAGCGAAUUGCAAUGACCUUCUCUUCUUUCCUGAGCAAGGAUUGCCGAUUGCGCUCCAAAUCUUAGGGAUCUCUCAUUGCAAGAACCUUCAGCACUUGCCUGAUUAUUUGAGUGAGCUCUCUUCACUCAAAACUCUAUCUAUCCUCAGCUGUCCUCAGAUACCAUACCUGCCAGUGUCAGGCCUUCCUGCAAGUUUGCGAGAAUUGUACAUCAAAGACUGUCCUAUGUUAACCGCGCGUUGUCAACAGAAUGCAGGAGCAGACUGGCCCAAAAUUUCUCAUAUACCCAACAUUCAAGUCAGAGAGGAGGGAUUCUUGCCAGAGAUGACAGCAAGGAGAAGAAGAUGAUUCUCAUUGCGGCCAUCUACUGUUAAAGCCAAUUAUGUACUCUUCCUUUUAUGAAUUUCCCAAGCCAAAUGAUGCUCACUAAGAUUAUAUAUGCAUGCCUUAUUUGGUGAUAGUACAGAUAUAUGUUCUAACUAGUAUUAGAUGAUCAAAGAAUUGAGAUAUAUGAAUGUAAUAGUUUAAAGUAAGGAUUUAAGUGUCUAUCGGUAGGGGCUGUAUCUAUUAUGUCGCAUCGUGCCAACAAAAUAUCGACAUAAUACAGCCUCUGUACUGAUUGCACAGUUCAAAA